AUGUCUUCUCCUCCAAUUGAAUACCCACCAGAAUAUGCCAACUAUGAUGGCGGUCCUCAAGUAGUUCGGAUCAUGACUGCUGUCAUCGUUCUGGCUACUCUCUUCGUUGCGCUCCGACUCGUCAUUCGACUGCACCGCCGUGUCGGAUUGGCUCUGGAUGACUGGCUCUCUGUGGCCUCGCUCAUCUUCUUGUGGGCUGAAUAUGUUGAUGGAUACUUAUGCAUCAAGUACGGCGGCGUCGGGCUUCAUCUUCCCAUCGCCCUGGCGACUAAGCCUGACGCCUUGAAAAAUACAUUCAUUUACAUGUUUGCCGGCGAACUGCUCUUCUUCACCUGUCUCGCUCUUAUCAAGUGGAGCGUCCUGGCCAUGUACUACCGCAUCUUCCCGACACGCUUCAUGAAGUGGGGAUACAUUGUGCUGGGCUCCAUGACUGGCGCCUGGUGGAUUGCUGUCAUGAUCGUCACGGUCUUUCAGUGCUCGCCUGUUCACAAGUACUGGGACCUCGCUACCCCCGGCACGUGUGUGAACGCCGCCGUGUUCUACAUCAGUACAAACGGCGUGCCCAACAUUGUCAUGGACGCGAUGAUCCUUUGUUUGCCCAUAUACGAGGUCUACAAACUCCAUGUUGCGCGAAAGGUGAAGGUCGCCAUUGGCGCCAAUUUCCUGAUUGGUGCACUUGUAAUUAUAGCCAGCAUUAUCAAGUUGAAAGUCAUGGUGGAUAUGUAUAAGAUGGGUUCCGAAGCAGACGUCACUUACUAUCUGGCGGAACUAAUUAUCUGGGUCGAAGUUGAGCCUGCUAUGGGUAUCAUCUCAGCCUCUCUUCCCACCCUUCGCCCAAUUCUGAGCUUUUUCUUACGCCAUGUUGGACUAAGUCAGGACGCAUCUGAUCGGGCGAAUACGCCUGGCAAAUCACUCGUCACGUUUGGGCGGGUCAAUAUGCGGAAGAAGAGAAGCGGCUACACAACGGCGGUCAGCAUUGACCAGGAUCAAGAGUCGAUGGAACGCCUUAGCGGAUGGCCCGAGGAACACCUUGGUAAGACGACCGCUACCGUCGGUGUCGGACACGGAGACGUAGAACUCAACCGCAUGGAAUCCAACCAGCCGCAAACCACCAACGUAAAAACCGAGAUGGCAUGGACUGAAUCUCAUGUCAAGGAACAAAGGGACAAGGAAGAAGUCAAGUAUAAUCGGAUGCAGUAG